UUUCCGAGUGCGUGUAGUAUCUCACCAUGGCUCCCUCAAAGCGCCAAAAAAUUGGUAUAGCAUUAGCAUUAGUGACAUUAGACUCUGAUGAAAAGAAAAAGAGAAGAAAGUACUGGACAAAACAAUGGUUGCUAAAAAGAAGUCAAUUUUCUCAUACAAUUUUAAUGAAGGAAUUGGAAGCAGAGGACUUUAAAAACUUUUUACGGAUGGAUAGUAACUGUUUUGAAGAACUUCUUAAUAUGGUGGGGCCUUUAAUUGCCAAACAAGACACUUUAAUGAGAUCCAGCGUUAGUGCCACACAACGAUUAAUUGUUACUUUGAGGUAUCUGGCUACCGGAAGAAGUUACGAAGACCUAAAAUUUAGCGCAGUUAUAUCCCCGCAACUCCUAUCUAGUAUAAUUCCAGAAACAUGUUGGGCUAUCUACAAUUGUUUGAAACACUAUAUAAAGAUGCCAACAACAGAAGAAGAAUGGAAACGUGUCGCCAACCAAUUUGAAACCAAGUGGAAUUUUAGUCAUUGUUUAGGGGCUAUGGACGGAAAACACAUAGCAAUACGGAAGCCACCACACAGCGGUUCUGCGUAUUACAAUUACAAAAGCUUUUUUAGUGUAGUACUGUUUGCUGUGGUCAAUGCAAAUUAUGAAUUUAUGUAUGUACACACUGGAACAAACGGAAGUAUUUCAGAUGGGGGUGUUAUACAAAAUACAAAUUUCUUUAAAAUGUUAACUAGAGGUUAUCUAAACUUGCCACCUUCGUCUCCUUUACCAGAUAGCAACAGUUCUGGCCCUUAUGUAUUUCUCGGCGACAGUGCAUUUGCUAUUAGUAGACACAUUCUGAAACCAUAUCCGUUCAAAAACAUAGAUCAUGAAAAGAGGAUAUUCAACUACAGGCUAUCUCGUGCCAGAAGAGUUUCUGAAAACGCCUUCGGCAUAAUGGUAUCUCGAUUUAGGGUUUUACUACAAACUAUUGCUACCAAUGUUGACAAUGUUGAUCCCAUAGUAUUGGCUUGUUGUGCACUUCAUAAUUAUUUGAGAAACAAAUCAUCUAGCUACAUCACACAGACAUUUGUAGAUAAAGAAAAUACAGAAAAUUUGACAUUUGACCUUGGUGCGUGGCGUGAUAUAGGCACUAAUUUAGUUCCUCUCGCACAAAUUAGCGAUAGGCAAAGGAAUGAAGAAGGUAAAUAUGUUCGAAACGUAUUUAAAGAAUAUUUCAAUGCAGAAGGCAGUGUUUCUUUUCAGGAAAAUAUGUUGAGAGUUGUGCCAUUAUAAGAAAAAUAAAUAAAUAAAUCAUAGAUUGAUAGUAUUUGUUAUUAUUUACCUGAGUAG